GGGCCGAAACACCGAGAAUGAAUAUCCCGGUCUCAACCGGUUUUAACCGGUCCGUGGUUGGAAGCAUGAGCUUAGAGGAAGAGCACACUUGCACGCAUUAAACAUCUCUGCUCUCCAACAGUGAAUGCGGAUAGAAUCAGAAAUAAAAAGGAGAAUUUAACUUGGUGAUUAUGACCCGGAAUACCGCUCUAAGUGUGACUCCGUGAAGUUGUGUUGUUAGCUUAGCUUAGCCAGCAGACUUGAAUCAUCAUUGACUUUCCAUUAGCAUGCUAAGUUGCUACUAGUCUAGUGGGAGUCGACUGUAAUCACUGAUAGCUAGAGAAGGAUUUAUCUUGGACUGGUUGAAGACAAGAAACGAUAGGUCGAGGAAUACUGCGGGAGCUUAUAAUAAAAGGCCAAGAACCGUAAAGUAUACUACGUAACAGUAUUUCAAGUUAGCGCUGUUGGUGUCAUACAGGAAAGCUAACUAAAGGCUACAAAGGUUAGCAGCAGGUGAAACUUGUGCCAUGAGGUAACAUCACACAGUGGCUUUGAACGAGAAGAUACAUAUUCUUCUUUGAACUGCUAGCUACAAGCUAGUCUAUACUUGUUUUCGACGACCGGACAGAACACCCCAGAAGCUCUAUGCCAGCAGAAAUGACGAUGUUGGCCGAUCACCCAGCCAGACAGCUGCUGGACUUCAGUCAGAAACUUGACAUCAACCUCUUGGACAAUGUUGUCAACUCCAUGUACCAUGACAUUGGAUCCCAGCAACGAGUGGCCCAGGAAGUUCUCACCAACCUGAAGGACCAUCCAGAUGCCUGGACGAGGGUCGACACCAUUCUGGAAUUCUCUCAGAACAUGAAAACUAAAUAUUAUGCACUUCAGAUUCUGGAAACGGUCAUCAAAACACGGUGGAAGAUUCUCCCCAGAAAUCAGUGUGAAGGCAUCAAGAAAUAUGUUGUUGGUUUGAUCAUUAAGACUUCCUCCGAUCCUGCAAACAUGGAGAAAGAGGGAGUGUACAUUUCCAAACUCAACAUGAUCCUCGUACAGAUCCUGAAGCAGGAGUGGCCCAAACACUGGCCCACCUUCAUCAGCGACAUUGUAGGAGCAAGUCGGACGAGUGAGAGCCUUUGCCAGAACAACAUGAUCAUCCUCAAACUGCUCAGUGAGGAGGUUUUUGACUUCUCCAGUGGACAGAUGACCCAGGUGAAGGCUAAGCACCUCAAAGACAGCAUGUGCAACGAGUUCUCCCAAAUAUUCCAGCUGUGCCAGUUUGUGAUGGAAAACUCCCAGAAUGCCCCUCUGGUCCACGCCACUCUGGAGACUCUCCUCAGAUUCCUGAAUUGGAUUCCUCUUGGCUACAUCUUUGAGACCAAGCUCAUCAGUACUCUCGUCUACAAGUUCUUGAAUGUGCCCAUGUUUCGCAAUGUGACGCUGAAAUGUUUGACGGAAAUUGCCGGAGUGAGCGUCAACCAAUACGAGGAGCAGUUUGUCAACCUGUUUACUCUCACCAUGGGCCAGCUCAAACAGAUGCUGCCUUUGAACACUAACAUCAGACUGGCCUACGCCAACGGGAAGGAUGACGAGCAGAACUUCAUUCAGAACCUCAGCCUUUUUCUCUGCACGUUCCUCAAAGAACACGGCCAGCUCAUCGAGAAGAGACCCAACAUGCGAGAAUCUCUUAUGGAGGCCCUGCAUUACAUGUUGCUGGUGUCAGAGGUGGAGGAGACGGAGAUCUUCAAGAUCUGUCUGGAGUACUGGAACCACCUGGCAGCAGAGCUCUACAGGGAGAGUCCUUUCUCCACCUCCAGCACCCCGCUGCUGUCAGACGUUCCUCCACGCAGACACCUCUACCUGCCUGUACUCUCACAGGUGCGGUUGCUAAUGGUGAGCCGCAUGGCCAAACCAGAGGAAGUGCUGGUUGUGGAGAAUGACCAGGGUGAAGUGGUCAGAGAGUUCAUGAAAGACACAGAUGCCAUCAAUCUUUAUAAAAACAUGAGGGAGACUCUGGUGUAUCUGACCCAUUUGGACUAUGCUGACACUGAACGCAUCAUGACAGAGAAACUCCACAACCAGGUGAACGGCACCGAAUGGUCGUGGAGGAAUCUGAACAUGCUCUGCUGGGCCAUCGGCUCCAUCAGUGGGGCGAUGCACGAGGAGGACGAGAAGAGGUUCCUGGUCACUGUCAUCAAGGACCUGCUUGGAUUGUGUGAGCAGAAAAGAGGGAAGGACAAUAAGGCCAUCAUAGCAUCCAACAUCAUGUACAUUGUGGGGCAGUAUCCUCGAUUCCUCCGAGCCCACUGGAAGUUUCUGAAGACUGUCGUCAACAAGCUGUUUGAGUUCAUGCACGAGACCCAUGACGGUGUGCAGGACAUGGCUUGUGACACCUUCAUCAAGAUUGCACAGAAGUGCCGUCGCCAUUUUGUCCAGGUUCAGGUGGGUGAGGUGAUGCCCUUCAUCGACGAGAUCCUCAACAACAUAAACACCAUCAUCUGCGACCUGCAGCCACAGCAGGUCCACACGUUUUACGAGGCUGUUGGCUACAUGAUCGGAGCUCAGACCGACCAGGCAGUCCAGGAGCUCCUAAUAGAGAAGUACAUGUUGUUGCCCAACCAGGUGUGGGACAGCAUCAUCCAGCAGGCCACCAAGAAUGUGGACAUCCUGAAGGACGCAGAGACGGUGCGUCAGCUGGGCAGCAUCCUGAAGACAAACGUCAGAGCUUGUAAAGCUGUUGGUCAUCCCUUUGUUGUCCAGUUGGGAAGGAUCUACCUGGACAUGCUCAAUGUAUACAAGUGCCUGAGUGAAAACAUCUCCUCAGCUGUCCAGACAAACGGAGAGAUGGUGACCAAACAGCCUCUGAUCAGAAGUAUGAGGACAGUGAAGAGGGAGACACUGAAGCUGAUCUCCGGCUGGGUCAGUCGCUCCAACGACCCUCAGAUGGUGGGAGAGAACUUUGUGCCCCCCCUGCUGGAAGCAGUGCUCAUAGACUACCAGAGGAACGUCCCUGCUGCCAGAGAGCCUGAGGUCCUCAGUACCAUGGCAACCAUCGUCAACAAGCUGGGGGUCCACAUUACCGGAGAAAUCCCAAAGAUCUUUGAUGCUGUCUUUGAGUGCACUUUGAACAUGAUUAACAAGGACUUUGAAGAAUUCCCAGAACACAGAACACAUUUCUUCUACCUCCUACAAGCCGCCACCUCCCAGUGCUUCCCAGCCUUCCUGUCCAUCGCCCCGGCCCAGUUCAAACUGAUCCUGGACUCCAUUAUUUGGGCCUUCAAGCACACCAUGAGGAAUGUGGCCGACACAGGUCUACAGAUCCUUUACACUCUCCUGCAGAACGUGUCUGGAGAGGAAGCAGCAGCACAGAGCUUCUAUCAGACGUACUUCUGUGACAUCCUGCAGCACAUCUUCUCUGUGGUCACGGACACCUCUCACACUGCAGGUCUGACCAUGCAUGCCACCAUCUUGGCCUACAUGUUCAACCUGGUGGAGGAGGGGAAGGUCAGCGUCGCUCUGAGUGCCACCAAUUCUGCAAACAACCAAGCGCAUGUCCAGGAGUACAUCGCCAACCUGCUGAAGACAGCCUUCCCUCACCUGCAAGAUGCCCAGGUGAAGGUGUUUGUAACGGGGCUGUUCAGCCUGAAUCAGGACAUCCCGGCCUUCAAGGAGCACCUGAGGGACUUCCUUGUGCAGAUCAAGGAGUUUGCUGGUGAGGACACAACAGACCUGUUCCUGGAGGAGAGAGAGACAUCCCUGCGCCAAGCCCAGGAAGAGAAACACAAGCUCCAGAUGUCAGUGCCUGGCAUCCUCAACCCUCACGAGUUGCCGGAGGAGAUGUGCGACUGAAGCAGCAUCAGCAGCAGUAAACAGCGUGUACAAAACAGCCCUGAAGAGGGGGAGAGGUUGAGAAAGAGCGAGAAAGCUUCCUGAUGAUAAACAGUUUCCCUUUGAGUGUAUUUGUGUAGAAGUGUGUCUGUUUGAAAAGAGAAUAUGGGGCCAAAGAACAGACCCCUGCACUCAGUUGUCGACGACCAAAUCAAUGUCUAUAUGUAAAUGAGAAUCAAACCCCCACCCUAAACCCCACCCAAAAAAAAAAAAAACUUGCGUGGAUUUUUUUUUUUUUUUUGCUACAACUUAUUUUA